GUUUUUCCCAGCCGAUUGAGGGCCAGGGCUACACGUUUACACAUUUGAAAAAGAGGAUCGGCUUGCGAAUCAAGACACACACUCAAAGCAAGUCGAGCCAAACAGGCAGUCAGAAACUGGACGACAAGAGUAGCGGAGGAACAGAGCAGGGAAAGUGCGGGUCCAUUAAAGAAAUAAUAAUAAUAAUAAUACAAAUAAAAACUGAAGAGAGAACGGUUUUUACAACACAACUACAUAUUAGUAACUGGAAAAUGAUCUGCAGGUUGUAUUUAAGGAUUUUCCUCCAGGCACUUUUGAUAACUUUCGUAGCAUGUAAUGCUCCCCCGGUGCCUUUAGAUGAUAUAGUUAUUGAAAAGACAUCAGUCCCAGAGACAUGUGUUAGGGCUGUACAAUCCGGCGAUUUCGUUAGAUACCACUAUCACGGCACUUUUCCCGAUGGCAAAAAGUUUGAUUCCAGCUAUGACAAAGGUUCAACUUAUAAUGUGUACGUGGGAAAGAGGCAGCUCAUUGAGGGAAUGGACAAGGCCCUGGUCGGCAUGUGUGUGAACGAGAGGCGGCUGGUCAAAAUCCCCCCCAAGAUGGCCUAUGGCAAGGAUGGAUAUGGAGACACCAUCCCUCCCAAUUCUAUUCUCCACUUCGACGUGCUGCUGCUGGACAUCUGGAACCCGGAAGAUAAAGUUCAGAUAAAAACAUACUACAAGCCAGAGAACUGUGGCCGUACCAUUGAGGUCUCCGACUUUGUGCGCUACCAUUACAACGGCACCUUGCUGGAUGGGACCCUGUUUGACUCCAGCCACAAUCGCCUGCGCACCUACGACACCUAUGUGGGAAUCGGCUGGCUCAUUGCUGGCAUGGACCAGGGGUUGCUGGGAAUGUGCGUGGGAGAGAAACGCAUCAUCACCAUGCCACCUUCCCUGGGUUACGGAGAGAACGGAGACGGCAGUGACAUUCCUGGCCAGGCUUCUCUGGUGUUUGACGUUGUUUUGCUGGAUCUCCACAACCCCAAAGACAGCAUCACUGUAGAGAAGCUGGGCGUCCCUGAAACCUGCCAGAGGCAGAGCAAAGUCGGGGACUUCAUCAGAUACCACUACAACGGAACUCUUAUGGAUGGAACUUUCUUUGACUCAAGCUAUUCUCGGAAGCGCACCUACGACACGUACAUCGGUAAGGGAUAUGUCAUUGCUGGGAUGGACGAGGGCUUGCUAGGUGUGUGUGUCGGAGAAAAGCGGAGGAUCACCAUCCCGCCUCACCUGGCAUACGGCGAAGAGGGCACAGGCACCAAGAUUCCAGGCUCUGCCGUACUGAUCUUUGAUAUCGACGUAAUCGAUUUCCACAACCCCUCCGACACCGUGGAGAUCACAACCUUCUUCAAACCCAGCAAGUGCGACAUCCUCAGCAAGAAGGGAGACUUUGUGAAAUACCACUACAACGCCACUCUGAUGGAUGGGACUCUCAUAGACUCCACGCACAGCUAUGGAAAAACAUACAACGUAGUGCUGGGCUCUGGGCAGGUUGUCCUGGGAAUGGAUAUGGGUCUGAAGGACAUGUGCAUUGGGGAGAAGCGCACUGUUGUCAUCCCACCUCACCUGGGCUACGGAGAGAGGGGAGUUGAAGGGGAGGUUCCAGGCAGUGCUGUGCUGGUGUUUGAUAUUGAGAUGAUUGAUUUGGAGGAGGGACUCCCCGACGGCUACAUGUUUAUCUGGAACAGUGACGUCACCCCAGAUCUCUUCACCGAAAUGGACAAGAACCUGGAUGGACAUGUUGAUCCCGUCGAGUUUUCCAAUUACAUCAACCAUCAGGUGGUGACUGGGAAAGGCAAGCUGGCUCCAGGCUUUGAUGCCGGCAAGAUCAUCGACAACAUGUUCUCCAAUCAGGACCGCAACAGCGAUGGGAAGAUCACGGCCGACGAGUUCAAACUGAAGGAUGAGGAGACCAAGGAGCAUGAUGAACUAUAAGCACAAGAGAUUAUAGGGAGGGGAUAGGAGGGCAGGCAGGGGCUGUAUCUGUAUUUUCAAUACAUUUUUAUACAGCAAGUAAAGAGUUAAGGGGGGUGUUAUGAAAAGGGUAAAAACUUGGUCAACAAAAUUUCCAUUUGUUCAUCUGUUAUGAGAUGAAGUAACAUUUUUAUCAGUGUCUACUGACCAUUUGGAACUUGUCUAUGCAAACUGCUUUAUUUAAUGUAUGCAAACUGCUUUAUUUAAUGAGUGGACUUAACUAGACAUGAAUGGAAAUAAAGAAAUUAGCCACAGUGUAUAGGUAACAAGCUCAUGUAUGUCUUAUUAACUCAUAGUAAAACCAGGAAUAGAUCAAACUGUUCUGCAAUGGGAGUCUUAUUUACAUCCCUGUAGGAAAAAGUGGUGUUUUGCUGAACAAUUGCUUGGAACUUCUAGUGGAUGCAACGAUAAACGGCUGCAGAAAUAAAUCUAAAUUGUUUCAAUGUGGAGUUUGCCCCUCUAGUCCUUUUGAAGGGAUGGCAGGGAGGUCUUUAUAGAUAGGAGCUACCGUUUGUGUUUUUUUCCAGCUAUUUCAAAAAAGCCAAGAGAACCAAGUACCUAACCCUGGUUCUUAUUUUCAAGUUCAUUUUCAAACUUUUUUAUUCAAUUUUGGACAUACCUUUCUGUGGCUUUAGUAGUGUGUGUUGUGGAUGUAGAAAGAUACAGAGUGACUUAUGUGAUUUUUUUAAAGCACUGCACAUAUCAUAGUGAAGAAGAUGCUUAGGGUAUCUUGUAAGACUUUGUGUUUGAAUUGCAGUUGACUGAUGCAGUGAGAUUUAAAAAGGUACUGUUUUUGUUCGCUUUUGAUAUCCGUUUUAAUUCAUUGGCAAAAUUAACUUUAAAGUGGUCUAAAAGUCCUCACUGGCUGAUGUAUUUUUUUAAGUGACAGAUACUUUAGAUAAUGAUGUUUUGUGUGUAUAAAGUCUUUCAAAGCUCUGUAAUUCUGAACAGUAUUACUUUUAUGUAUUGGUCUUAGGAGGGGUUUAAAUGUGUUUUUUUUUUUUUUGUUGCUGUUUUUUUUGUAUUGGUUUCGACUUGUUUAACAAACUUGCCAUGUUUCUUAAAAAAAUAAAAUAAAAUCAACUGUG